UGGAAAAAGUCCUCAGAGACCUGGCCGACCUCUGCUGACCAUUCCAACACAGCAAUGAUAAACCACAGAGAAGCUAUGGACGUCUUCUCACCAUCCCAGGUCUACUACGACAGAGCGUGUGCUUCGUCUCCAGAUAGCCUGGAGUUUGGACCCGGUGUGGAGCUUGAUGGUUCUGAGGAGGACGAGCAUGUCAGGGUUCCCGGGGCACCUCACCAGCCGGGACACUGUCUCCAGUGGGCCUGCAAGGCCUGCAAGCGCAAGUCCAACUUUGUGGACCGCAGACGGGCUGCCACCAUGCGUGAGCGCCGGCGGCUGAAGAAGGUCAACCACGCGUUCGAGGCUUUGAGACGUUGCACCUCGGCCAACCCCAGCCAACGUCUGCCAAAGGUGGAGAUCCUGCGCAACGCCAUCCAUUACAUUGAGAGUCUGCAGGACCUGCUACGAGAGCAGGUGGAAAACUACUACUGCCUACCUGGAGAGAGCAGCUCUGAGCCUGGUAGCCCACUGUCCAGCUGCUCUGACGGCAUGGCUGACAGCAACAGUCCAGUGUGGCAACAUCUGAAUGCAAACUACAGCAACAGAUAUUCAUAUGCGAAGAAUGAGAGUGUGGGCGAUAAGACAGCUGGAGCCUCUAGUCUGGAGUGUCUCUCCAGCAUCGUUGAUCGCUUGUCCUCGGUGGAGUCCAGCUGCGGACCGGUGGCUCUGAGAGACAUGGCCACCUUCUCCCCUGGCAGCUCCGACUCGCAGCCCUGCACGCCGGAGAGCCCCGGAUGCAGGCCCGUCUACCACGUCCUGUGA